GUUUCAUAAUUUUCUUACCCUUUUUUUCCCCACCCUCACAACCAACGAGAAGAAGAAAAAAAAGAACGAAUUUUCCGUCAAAAUUUACAGACUUUCCAUUAAAAUCUUACAAAUUCUCGGCGUCCAACGCAACACCCAACUUUCCACUUUCCCAGAAUCUCUGAGCUACCAGUCUCUUACACAACACCCGGAUUCCACUUUUUUCCUUGCCGGAAAAACAAAAAAUUUUCAUGAAAUGACAAGAACCCAUUUGCUGAAGCUGAUCCUCGGCGUCUCUUUACCAGCACUCUCGAUCGGAAUGGCCGCCGUAGUCAUCAUCUUCAUCUGCAGAAGAAGAGAGUCUGGAGAGCCCAACGUCGAGUCGCCCGACCAGAAGCAGGAGUUUUCCGACAAUGGGUCCGAAGCAGAAGAGCUUGUCACUUUCCAUGGCGGCGAAGAUCUCACGAUCUGCGACAUCCUCGAGGCUCCCGGAGAAGUCAUCGGGAAAUCCAGCUUCGGGACUCUGUACAAGGCGUCGCUGCAGAGAAGUGGCAAAGUUAGGGUUCUUAGGUUCUUGAGGCCUAUUUGUGCGGUCAGAUCGGAGGCAAAGGAAUUUAACGGCGUCAUCGAGACGCUGGGAUUCGCCCGACACGAAAAUCUGGUUCCUUUGUUAGGGUUUUAUGCCGGAACGAGAGGAGAGAAGCUGAUGGUUCAUCCGUUCUUCGGUUUCGGAAACCUGUCUGAGUUCAUCAGAAGUGGAGAUGUUGCGUCGUACAAAUGGAGCAACAUUACGAGAAUCACUAUCGGCAUAGCCAAAGCUCUCGAUCAUCUACACACAGGAAUGCAGAAACCCAUCGUCCACGGGAACUUGAAAUCGAAAAACGUCCUCUUGGAUCCGAGUUUUCGGCCUCACGUAUCGGAUUUCGGCCUGCAUUUGCUCCUGAAUCCAGCCACGGGCCAGGAGAUUCUAGAAGCUUCUGCUGCAGAGGGAUACAAAGCUCCUGAGCUGAUCAAGAUGAAAGAUGUGAGCAAGGAGAGUGACGUGUACAGUUUCGGGGUGAUCAUGCUUGAACUGGUUUCGGGUAAGGAGCCGAUAAACCAGAACCCGACGGGCGAUGAUGAGUUUUAUCUUCCCGAUUUCAUGAGGAACUCAGUUCUUGAUCAUAGGUUGUCGGAUUUGUACCGACCCGAGAUUCUCAGGAGUGACCUGAAGGAUGCUGAUAACAGUGUUACCGAAGAAUGUGUUCUCAAGUGCUUUCAGCUGGCCAUGUCUUGUUGUUCUCCUUCGCCUUCUCUCAGGCCGAGCAUCAAGCAUGUCUUGAGGAAGCUCGAAGAGGUCGGGAAAUAGUGUCCGGAACAAUGUCGCAUAAAAAGAGGUUUUGAUUUUGAUUCUUGAAGCUGUAAAAGUCUGUAAAUUUUUCGCCCGAGGAAGUAGGAAAAGUAACAGUUUUCCGAUAGAAGAGCUACGCUCUAAUUUUGUUAGUCGGGUUCCGAUAGAAACGUUUGAAAGAUUUGAAGAGCAACUGAGAUUCAUUCGGUAGUUUUUUGCCUGGAAAUGGAAAUGUAAUCACUUGGAUCCCAGAAGAGCUUCUGCAGGGUUCUGGCCCUUCUUUUUA